UUGUACGGCUCGUCUCACUCGUCCUGGUGAGUACUAUGCAUUUUAGUAGAAGCACUACAUUUUAGCAGGAGGAGGCAGCUUUACAAAUGUGGCGGCUGAGAACUUGUCGCCAAUGGAGUAUUGGAAGGCAGUUCUUCCCGAGACGCCAAUGCCACCGGCCAUACAUGGCCUGUUGACAAAAUCUGAAGUCAAGGACAACCAUGUACAAAGGCUUCACAUGGACAUGUUUGCCAAAGGAGUGCGAAAAAUCGGCCCAAAUUCUGAGGAAGAGAGGGCAAACACCGGAGAUCUAAAGAAAUACCCAUAUUGGUAUGAGUCAGAGAGCCCCAAUGAUCACAAGAAAUACCCAUUUUGGUACGUGUCCGGUAGCACUGAGGAUCUCAAGAAAUAUCCAUUUUGGUAUGGGGCGGAAAGCACCAAGGAUCUAAAGGAAAAGCUAUUAUUUUCCCAUGGGCCUGGAAGCACCAAGGAUCUUAAGAGAUACCCAUUCUGGUAUGGGCCUGGUCGCACUGAGGACAUAAAGAAAUAUCCGUUUUGGUCUGGGUCAGAAAGCAAUGAGGACGUCGAAACAUUCUCGGUUGAACAUGGGCCACAAAGCUCAGAUGACCUAAGCCAAUACCCAUUCUGGUAUGGGUCUGGAAGCACCAAGGACCCAUUUUGGUAUGGAUCUAGAAGUGACCAUGGUUUAAAGAAAUUCCGGGUGGAAAACACCAAGGACUUAAAAAGACACCCGUUUUGGUUCAGAUUUGGAAGCUCUGAAGAAGAUCUUAAGAAGUUUCAGCUUCAAAGUGAACAAGACGAGGAUAAUAUGGGGAACCAAGACGAGGAGGACCUGCCUAGAAUUUCAGGAUCUGUGCCACGAGAUGAAGAGAAGAUGUCCAUAACUGACAGUGCACCAAUCAAAGGUAAUCGUAUUUAUUUCUAUAUAACUUGGGGAGAACCAUGUCGGCACACACAAAUUGGAAGAAACACACCACAGGGCAGUAUUUUCUUCUUCCGUCGCGAUGUCCUACGGCCAGGAUCCGUGAUCACGCCGACCAUUCCACCAACCACAACCUUGCCACCCCUGCUGCGUCGCCGCGUCGCGGACUCCAUCCCGUUCUCCACCGAGCACUUCGCCGACAUCCUCGCCAUGUUCGCGCCGGAGUCCCACGCCAUAGCCGGCGAGAUGCAUUGGACGCUCGAAGCCUGUGAGCACCCGGGAGCACUGCUCCCGGGAUACAGGGCAGCCGGCUGCGCCACCUCCCUCGAGUCUCUCGCCGAGCUCCCGGUGGCCCUUCUCCGGACGCGCGACGUCCGCGCCUUCUCGCCCGACAUGUCCACCGACGUCGCGGGCACGCCGGCGCGGCGCGGGAGGUACAACGUGACGACCGUGAAGAGGAUCACGGAGUCGCCGGAGAUAGUCACGUGCCACGACACGACGUACCCCUACGCGGUCUUCUUCUGCCACACGGCCAGCCCGACGGCCGCGUACGCGGUGACGCUCGCUGCCGAGGACGGCAACGCGCCGGCGAUGGAGGCGCUGGCCGUGUGCCACCUCGACAGGUCGCGGGCGCAUGGCGACGAGCCAAGUGAGGCGGCGGCGUGCCACUUCCUCACUAAGCUCAGCGUCAUCUGGGUCCCGGCCGGCGAGCAGGUUGGCGGUGCUCGUGACGAAGCCCAGUAGAAAUGGGCAUGUGUCAUACGUAUGCGUGUGUCGUAAUGGACCUACGUGGCUCUAGUACUAAAUAAAAGCUGCGUGAAUGUAAUGCUUUCGCCCACGAUAUUGGAACCGAACGGAUAUCCUCAUCGGCAAUCUUCUCCGCGGGGCGCCACUGGUACUCUGGUAGUGCCAGCAAAGAUGGCUAGCGCGG